AUGGCGUUGGUGCAGCGAUAUGGGAAACCCGAUCUGUUUAUAACCAUUACUUGCAACACAAACUGGCCAGAAAUAAAAAGCGAGUUGGCUCCUGGAGAGGUUGCUCAGGAUCGUCCUGAUUUAGUAGCUCGGAUCUUUCACGCUAAGUUAUUGGCUCUUAAGAAAGAAACAAUGGAUAAUAUGAUUUUUGGUGAGGUCGCUGCACUGAUUUAUGAAACCACAACUAAUGAUGAAGGGUAUCCUACUUAUAGGAGAAGAAACACUGGUGAGCAGUUAAAAGUAAGAGGUGCUAUGCUUGACAACAGGUGGGUCAUUCCGUACAACCCUUACCUCUCUGUUCUAUUUGAUUGCCAUGUUAAUGUAGAAGUUUUCUCUACGAUUAAAGCGGUUAAAUAUUUGUACAAGUAUGUUUAUAAAGGGCAUGACAAAAUUUCGUAUAAUGUUAUGCCUGCUAAUGGCGAUGCUGUUGAUGAGAUUCAACAAUAUCAAUCUGGGAGAUGGGUUUCUCCUUGUGAGGCUGUAUGGAGGCUGUUUGCAUUUGAUUUGUUUGAGAUGCAUCCUCUUGUGAUCCUUCUUCAAGUGCAUCUGCCUAACCAGCAAACACUACAUUUGCAUUCUCAUGAGCGAUUAAAUGCUGUUGUGGGAAAUUAA